CUCAACACGGUAUGACAGUCUUUUUACUUUGUAUGUGUUUAUGUAUAUUGACUGUCGAGAUUGUCCGAUGCAUCUCCGGCUCGGCUUUGGGCCAAUCAUAUGUCAAGCAACAGGAUCCAUUACCAGUGCAUUUGGACUUGUCGAAGCAUCUCGCAGGGCGACGUCAAAUCCCCACUCCAAGAGCAAGAUCGGCUUUGGAUAGCUGUUCGCAGCAAAUGCAUCUCCACAACGGAUCUGAACAUCAACCCCCAAUCACAUGCAGAUCUCUGCCCUGUUGGCCAAGGAGACGGCUGCAAGACACCAUUGGGGCGUCAUCGGGCCAACUCGGGCUGAAACGAUGCUUAUCCGCACACUGCACCGGCCCUGAUUGGUGGAGCGUGGGCGACUGUGGGAAAAGUGUGGCAAAGGAUCCUGCUGGGCUCUGUCUGGCUCGUGCAACCGAGGAGCCGACGAGUCACGGCCCGCCCCAAACCCUUUCAAAGACUUUCUCAACCAUCCGUUCUCUCUACACACACACAUUCUCUUUAUCCACACCCUUAUAUUGCUCGCGUGCGCACUUGAAAUCUUUUUCAACCGUCCCCCUCUUUUGGCAUCUGCAUUCCUGCCGUUUGUCUCAAACACCUCGUCUUUGACUGUCACAGUCACAUAACGCUCUCCAAGCAUCCGUGCCCUUGCUUAUCGCUCCCGAUUAUCGCUAACCUCCGCUCGGCGGUGGCCCCUGCGUUGUUUCCCAUUCCCCAGGAGUCUUUUUUUUAAAAGACCUCCUUUCGCCAUCUCAUCCAUCCAUCCACGCCAGAACCGAACCCAAUCGCACUUUCACCAUGAAGAUCUUCCAGCAGAGCACCGAGUUUGACUACUCGUGGGAGGAGGUGUCCACCUCCAACUGGCGCAAGUACGGCCCGUGGAACGAGAAGACACCACAUGUGAUCGCCGUCGACACGCUCUCCCGCACAGUGGAUCCCAACACUGGCAUCCUGCGCACUGAACGCUUGAUUACCUGCAAACAAAACGCUCCCAAGCUCGUCACAUCCAUCCUCGGCGGCCAAGACACCUCGCUCGUCUACGAGACCUCCUACGUCGACCCAAAGGCCAAGCGCGUCACCCUCUGCUCAAUGAACUUGACGUGGGCCGACCUCCUCAACGUCCGCGAGACCUGCAUCUACGAACCUUCCGCCUCAUCUCCCACCUCAAAGACAAACUUCCAGCAACGCGCCGAGAUAACUGCGCUAUGCGGUGGAUGGCAGAAGAUCAAGAACAGCAUCGAGCAGGUCACCGUGGAAAGGUUCCAACAGAACGCUGCCAAGGGUCGUGAGGGCUUCGAGAUGGUGCUCGCCAUGAGUCGACGGGCGUUCCAGGAGCAGAGAGACAUCCUGCGGCUGCAGCAGGACAGCCGGAUCUUGCAGGAGAUCCGGAUGUAA